UUCACAUCCCAUCGCAAUUCUCACGCUUAAUCCCAAACGGUUUUUCCUUUUUCUAAUUUUGACUGGAUCUCAUGAAAUCUAAAGUUUCUGAAAUGGAAGAAGGAGGGAAUGGAGAGCUUAGCAUCGACACUCUCAACCUUAAUGCUCUUCCACAAGAUUGUAUCGCCACCAUCAUUUCCUUUACCUCCCCUCGAGAUGCCUGUAGAUUGUCGAUUGUUUCAACUAUAUUUAAAUUGGCUGCUGAAUCCGACGCUGUUUGGGAAAGCUUCUUGCCAUCUCAAUACCAAGCUUUAAUUCCCUCGUCUCUCUCUUUCUCUUCCAAGAAAGAGCUUUAUCUUAGCCUCUGUGAGAAUCCUGUUCUCAUUGAAGGUGGACGAAAGAGUUUUUGGUUGGAAAAAGUGAGUGGCAAGAAAUGUUACAUGCUGUCACCCAAAGACCUCUACAUUGAAUGGGUUAACACCCCAACUUAUUGGAGAUGGGUGUCUAUACCCGAGGCUAGGUUUGAAGAGGUAUCGGAGCUCCUGAGUGUUUGUUGGUUUGAAAUCCGUGGAAAGAUUAGUAUCUCCAGGCUUUCACCCAUGACACUCUACAAGGCUUACCUUGUUUUCAAAGUACAUGAUGUUUAUGGGUUUGACUAUUAUCCUGUGCAUCUUAGUGUUGGACUUGUUGGAACUGAUGGUAGUAUGCGAACUGCGUAUUUGGAUCCAGAACAUGUUCUAACAGAGCAACAAUCUACACCAGUUGAAGACGAGAUGUUCCCAAAGGCUAGAGUAGACGGGUGGCUAGAGGUUGAGUUGGGUGAGUUCUUCAAUGAGGGAUGCGCUUGUGAUGGGGAAUUGGAAAUGACUGCUAUCGAGAUAGAUGGCGGUAAUUGGAAGGGAGGUCUCAUUUUCCAGGGGAUUGAGAUCAGGGCCGUCACGCCUAAUCUAUGUGACUCAAACUUGGGCUUGGAUUCAUUGUCGGCUGCUGAAUCUGAUACUGCUUGGGAAAGCUUGUUGCCAUGUCAAUACCAGGAUUUAGUUCCCACAUUGGUCUCUUUCUCUUCCAAGAAAGAUAUUUAUCUUAGUCUAGGCGGAAAUCCUGUCCUCAUUGAAGGUGGACGGAAGAGUUUUUGGUUGGAAAAAGCGAGUGGCAAGAAAUGUUACAUGCUAUCACCCAAGGAACUCUACAUUGAAUGGGUUAACACUCCAACGUAUUGGAGUUGGGUUCGUAUACUCGAGGCCAGGUUUGAAAAGGUACCGAAACUUAUUAGUGUUUGUUGGUUUGAAAUCUGCGGCAAGAUUAGUGUGUGCAUGCUUUCACCCAAGACGCACUACAAGGCUUACCUUGUAUACAAAGUACGUAAUGUUUACGGGUUUGAAUUUUAUCCAGUGAAACUUAGUGUUGGAGUUGUUGGCACUGAAGGUAGUAAAAGAGCUGCCUAUUUGGAACUAGAAAGAGACCGUAUUCCAAUAGACCUACAACUGACACCUAAUGAUGUUCAGUUCCCAAAGGCUAGAGUAGAUGGGUGGUUAGAGGUUGAGAUGGGUGAGUUCUUCAAUGAGGGAUGCAUGAAUGCUUGGGAAUUGGAAAUGAGUGCUUUGGAGAUUGAGGGCGGUAACUGGAAAGGUGGUCUCAUUUUCCAGGGAAUUGAGAUCAGGGCCAUCGCCUAA